AUGAACGAAAACAGGACAGAUAUAGACGAACCUAUGAUCACCAUUCGCGAUCGCGCUCGAAACCUGGACGAGAUAUUUCUCACGAUCGGUGUUGUAUUCCCAAUCACCAGGUCUGCAAUCACUAUCGAUCUGGAAGAAGCAGGUCACGAUAUAACAGAGGGCGAAGCAUGUUUCAUCGGUCAAGGAACUGGCGUGUUGCGCGAUCCUUCUCCUUCAAUUCUAGAACGUGAUCGUUUUCAGCCAUGGAAGGGCGGCGGAAAGCUUCCAGUGGCCGGCGAUGUAGGCAGGAGGAAAGGGAGGACGGUAGAGGAGGAGAAGAAUUCCUUGAAGAAGCAAGAGUAUGGCAGAAAUCAUUUUGGCCAAGGCACGGUUAAGGGCAACAACGGCGGUGCGAGUGCGGAGUUAAAUUAUGUGAAUGGCGAUGUUGAGCGUUCACAUAAUAAGAUUGGUGAUGGUGGUGCUUCGGGUUGUGCUCUAAAACGCUAUAAAUCGAAGCCUAAUGAUACGGAGUGGGCUUACAAAGGGGUAGUGGCUACAGUCUUCAAUGGUGAAUCGCUUUCUGUGGUGCAUAACAGAAUUAUGGACGCGGGUUUUAGUGAUCUGAUUCUCAUUCCAAUGGGUGCCGAUAAGGUUUUUGUCCAUAGCACUGAGAAUGGAGAUGCUAUGUCAGUGAUCAACAAUGCUAAGGAGUUCUUCCAACUAGUUUUUUGGAAUUGGAUGCGAUGGGAUAAGGAGACAUCACCUUAUCGGAGAGGUGCUUGGGUCCGUUUGUAUGGAGUUCCUCUUCAUGCUUGGAAUGAGCAAUUCUUCCAGCUGUGCGUUUUUGAAAGUGGACGGUUCCUUCGAACGGAUAGUAGUUCUGUUGAAAAGACCAUAUUAGACUUCGCGCGAGUCUUAAUAGCUACACCGGAACUUGACAUAAUCAAAAAAAGUGUGUUUGUGCUGGUGGACGAAAUCAUAGUGGAGAUUAAGAUCGUGGAGGAAUGGGGAUACGCUAUGGGAGAGGAUUCUUGUCUUUUUGACGAGGGGAGUGAGUUUGAGGAAUCUCAAGCUGAUUACAGUGAAGGUCAGGUGGAUCCGGAGGUUAACCGCAGUGUGGACAUGUUAAUCGAUAAAUUUAAGGAAGGGCUUGAUGAGGAGGAUCUCGUUGAAGGCCAAGGCAUGCGGGAUGACGAAUUGUUAGACAAGUCUGAAGCUAAACCAGGUCCUGAGAGAGUCGGGAUUUCAUAUGUUUUGGGGAAGGGUUCUAAGUGUUGGUGUAAGCCCUAG